AUGCAAUAUACAUACACACAAAUUGAUAAUCAAAUUGUGACUUGUGAGUAAUUCUUUACCCUUUUAAAACUUGUUGUUUUAUAGUUUUAUUGCUUGUUCAAAUAAAAAAUAUUCAUGUUAAGAAAAUUCAAGGGAUAUAGUUAAAGUACAAUAAACAGUGUUGGUAUAUCAUUUGAUAAUCUAAAAUUUCUACUUGGUUAAUCUGUUUAAAUACCUAAUUAAAAUGGUAAGACCAAAAGUAUCUGGUCCGAUUACAGCCCCUGCCAAAAAACCAGUUGCAGCAAGUGGCGCAAGAUUUAAUCCAAUUGCAAAAUUAGAAAAGGAGAGUUCAAAAACAAUACGUCCAGGAAAUGUUAAGAAUUCUAAUUUAGAUCAUUUAUCAACUGAAAGUAAUCCAUUAGCAAGUCUGGUUCCAGAAUAUGAUAUAUACGUGUUUAAUUUGGCACCUGAAGUUACCGAAAACGAUUUAUGGAGAUUAUUUGGUCCUUUUGGAGCAAUUAAGAAUGUUGCUGUAGUAAGAGAUCAGAGUACGAAAGAAACAAAGGGAUAUGGAUUUGUUACAAUGAAAAAUUUAGAAGAGGCUACACAAGCUAUUGAAAUUUUAAAUAGUCAUCAACUUCAUGGACGUCCAUUAAAAAUCAGUUUUAAGGGAGAAAGAAGAGAUGAAGACGAAGAUGGUUUUGGUGAAAUUGGGGCUUAUCAGAUUUAUGUUUUCAAUGUUUCGGCGAAUACCACAGAAGAUUCACUCUGGAAAUUAUUUGCACAAUUUGGUGCUGUUAAAAAUGUUGCGAUAAUGCACGAUCCUGUCAAAAACACUAAUAAAGGUUAUGCUUUUAUUACGAUGAAAAACUUAAUAGAUGCGCAAAAUGCAAUCAAAACAAUAAAUGGUUUUACGUUAGAUGGGAGAACUUUAAGUGUUAGUUUUAAAGGACAGCGUCCGGACGAAAUGAUCAAUCCAUACAAAAUACUAGGUGAAACAUCAUCUGGGUUGCAAUCUGUCCCAAUAUAUGUUAACAAUUUGCCAAAUGAAAUAGAAGAUCAAACAAUAUGGAAACUAUUUUCACAGUUUGGAGCUAUAAAAGACGUAAAUAUUGUCAGAGAUUUAUCUUCUCUGAGAUGUAAGGGGUACGGAUUUGUUAACAUGAAAGAUUUAGAAGAAGCAACUUUAGCUAUCAACACUUUAAACGGUUUUAAUUUAGAAGGAAAAAAUCUUCAAGUUAAUUUUAAGUCUAAGAAAAACAAGGAAGAAUAAAUCUCAGCGUUUAUAAAAAUAAUUGAUAUAAAUUAUCAAAACGUGUUAUAAAUUAUUAUCUCGAAACAUGUAUAAUUUAUAUAUUAAUUAUUAAAACAAUUUAAUAUUUAUGUCAAUAUUACAA